GGUUCGGAAAUGUUUGACUAUUACUUGAUGCGAUUGAUUAUUUUUUGUUGAAUUCAAGGUAAAAACCGAUUUGUGAAUUGUGAACAAAGUUUCGUAGUGAAAUCCACAAGUGGAUUAAUGUGUGUACAUUAUGCAUUCCCAUAUUUGAUAUGAAGAUACAAUAAGUGUCAGAUUGUAUGAAGUGAGUAAUCGAUUCCUCCGUCAUACCAAAUGGGUUCCGAACAAUCUCAACUCCAGCAGGCGGAGGGCACCGGAGCGCUUCGAAACACCGGUCAACGUGCUCAAUCAAGCAAUGCAACACCAACGCCAAUGCGUUCGGCCACCGGUCCGAAACUUCUCCGCGGCAACACCAUCGCAGCGACCGAAAUAUCGGCACUCAGUUUGGAAGACGGUGAUGGACCUUCCUAUUCGGGCACACCAUCUUCUGCGUACAUCUGUGAUUCGAGACCGGUGUCGCCUCCGAUGAGUGUGUGUUCUGAUUCCGAUCUACCGUACAUAUCAUACACCGAUCGACCCAUAGGAGAUUCGCCCAAAUUACGUAAUAAGCAGCAGGCGAAGAGCGGUGGGAAGAUACGCCCUAACAGUGCCAUCGUAGGAAGAACACAGGAAGCGUUCCGCAACACUACCAGCAACAGUGCCGGCAUUAUUGGUAGACCUCGGCCGAACUCCACCGCACACAGCAUCGUGGUGGUAAAAUCGGCCACCGUUAAGGAAACCAGCAUCGAGAAAGAUGACGACAUCGUACGGCUGCAGAGCAUUCCGCAGUUUCUACCGGUGAUGCGCGGUACCCUUUCACUGCCGGCCAAUCGGGAUCCGGAGGUGCUCGAGCGGCUCCAGCCGUCGCAUCUGGCCAACAUGUGCAGCCGAUUGCAGACCCACUUCAACACCUGUGCGACUCAGGUUGGGGCGGAGCAGCACCAGAUUACAAAUAAAAUCAAAGAGGUUGACCAGGAAAUCUCGAGUGCGCUAGCGCAGCUGGUGCAGAAGCAGAAACUUUACACUUCCUAUGCGGAGACAUUUUCCAAGGUGCGGCUCAUAUCGCAGCAGUUAACCCGCUGCAAUGACCUUCUCAAUCAGAACAUUGAAAGUAUGGAAUAUUUGAAUAAUUUACUUGACGUGGAAGACCGACUGGAACCGUUUGUGUGGAAAACGGAAUAGUUAUCAGGUGGCAGGACGGCCCGAUUAGCCAUUCUGUUUGUGUACAUAUAUGUAGCGGUAUAUUGUGCUCUAGAUUACGUUGCUUAAGCUUAAAAUUUUCUCAUUAAAAGUUAAAGAAUUAAAUCUA